AUGGAUGAUGAGUCUAAUUCCUGGCAGCACAGGUGCGAACGCUACUUUAACUCAAUAUCAGAAUCCGAUGAAAGGAGAGGAGGAUAUAAACGGUCACAAGAGGGAGCAAACAUGGAAUGGAAACAUCUAACAGGAUUCACAAAUGAAGCAAAGAAACGAUCGUCUGCCUUUUCCCGCGCAAAGCGAUGGAUGAGACAGUUAGACAUUCAUGGUUGCAGUCGAAUAGGAUAUGCUUCUGUCCUAGAGAGCGUGAUUUGGAUGAUUAUUGCUAUUUUAGCAUUCGGUGCCUUGACAUAUGUUGUGUAUUUAUAUGCAGUGAUUUAUCUCAAAUCAACACAGUUCAAAACCUUGUCAUACAAAAUUCCGCCGUUUUCAUCUUCAUCUCCAAAUAUCACAAUAUGCAAUAGCAAUAUACUACGAAAAUCAGCAUUACUAAGAUCUCAGAACCGUUUUCAAAGUUUGUUAAACGUUUCCGCAAAGACAAAUAAAAUAUUGCAACAGCGACAACAAACUCUGACAGCAAAGGAGCUUUUAGAAAGGUCAAGUUUACAUGGCGAGUUGACGAAACUUCUGCCGCAAGAUGAACUAGCAUCUCUUUACAGUGAGCUGGAGGAGGAGUAUUUACCAUAUUCUUACAUGUCCUCACCAAGUGAUUACGGAUCGUUGUAUCUCUGGGGUAUACAAGAAGGCGUGGAGAUUCUCAGAGAGGUGGUAACUCCGACCAAAUCUGAGUUACUGACGUAUGGCCAUCGGAAAGAUAUGCUCAUUGUUCAUUGCUGGGCUGAUGGAAAAAACUGUAACAAAAACAGGUAUUUCACUGAACACCAGGAUCCAAACCUAGGAAACUGUGUGACGUUUUCAAAUCCAGGCAACAAUAUAGAAACCGUAACUCUGAUAUUAAACGCCGAGCCAGAGGAGUCAGUUGGGGAGCUGAACCCUUCUGUUGGUGUGUAUGUGUAUAUUGGCGAGACAGACAGUGGUCAAAAAACCCUCACACUCGCUCAACCCGGCAAUGCAGUCUUCAUCAACAUACAAAAGAAAUCCAGGAUUGACCGAAGCAACGACUGCAAUCAUCAAGAGUUUUACUCUCAAAAGGCAUGUUUGAGACGAUGUGUUGAUGAUACGAUAGCAACUUUCUGUCAGUGUCAACGCUCUUAUGACGUCAUGGCAACAGAACAGUGUCGCGUGGACGUCAAAUUUGAGAACAUCUGUGCUCGAACAGUACAGAAGCUGUAUUCACUCGGCAAGUUGAGUUGUGACUGUCUUCAGAAGUGCAGCCAAUCUUUGUACAAUGUAGAGGCGUCCUCUACGUAUUGGCCUUCUCCAGGGAACAUCGGUUAUAUAGAGCAGUUUUUAUACCAACAAGGACAAAACAGUUCUCAUUACUUCAUCAGGAAUUCCUUGACAAAAGUAACAGUAAACUUUAAGGAUAUGGUGGAGGAAACAGUCACAGAAUCAUCGCUUUCGCUGUUGGACCUGAUUGCGAAGAUUGGUGGUAUAUCGGCUAUACUAGUAGGGAUAUCGGCUAUCAGUAUACUGGAGGUGCUGUGGUUCUUAGUACGGCUAGUAACUUACGGGUGUCGACAGAUGAUCAAACGGUAUUUUCUUUGGUCUAAGCAGAGAGAUACUAUUCACCGAUUGGCAGAGUCUGACGUCACUUCAAUCACGUGGCAGGCGUACCGUCAAAAACGACGGGAGGAAGUGAAAAACAACAACUCAGCUCUUACUACACAGGCCGUACGACGGAACAGCAGCCGGCAAAGUCGACGAUCUCUACCCACAAUUACAGAGGAAAACAAACACCAGAAACUUCCGAACGGCCAUCUUGAGAAUAAUUUGUACGCACAUCCAUGGGAACGCACAGGCCAUCGACGUGUAUACAAUAACUUAAUCAAAGCUGACCACUCACCUGGGUCAGAGUUCCCUGUUUUUAAUUCCCUGAAUGAAUUACGCCCUCCCCGGUGUUCCACGCCUGAUAACUCUGAUCAUAUCAACAGUCGUCUGCUUCAAAUGGAUGGCGGGAAUGCACAUCAUUAUCCACAUCGAGGCAGGAUCGUGACCCCUGCUGAUGCAAUCCAACGAUACGGGCAUUCAGCAUCUAAAUACAUAUGUAGUGAAGGCAUCUAUUUGUAA